CCACCAGCAAAAAGGAAAAAAUCUUCUCUUGUGGCUUGCGGGCGUCGGCACGAGGCUCGCACGAGGUGACAUGGCAAAUGGAUCUUGGGUGCUCCGUCCAAAGCAGUAGGUCUCCACAAAGGCGUUAAUGCAAGCGCAGAUCGAAAACAGGGUAGACGUUGCAUGGCACACACUCCCAACAAGGUUAUGAGUCCCUUGAUGGAUCGCUCAAUCCCCGAUCACGGCGGUUCUCUUACGAAUUUCAUGACGAAAGACAGUGGACGUGUAGAGUUUGGGAUUUCUCAUCUUAUGACGACGAGGCCGACACGACACCACGACACCAUUUCUGACUGACAAACAGACUGACAAAGACAGAGGGAAGCCAAGCCUUGACGACUCCCUAGAGAUUUAUUUUCCAGUGAAUCCCAUAGGUUAUCAGCAGUGAGGGUUGGCUAUUCAACUGGGCAACGGUCCAUUCACCAUGUCCAAGUACUCCAAGUUCUGGCCCAAGGGCGGCAUGAGCGGUAUCCUUCACCAUUACACCGAAACCCUCGUCACCUUCGAGUACACCACAACUGGCGCCUCUGCCCCUCGCAAACCACACAGCAUCCUCUUCAUCGGCGGCCUAGGCGACGGUCUGGCCUCCACCUCCUACACAGCCGACCUCAUCCGCGCGCUCCAGCCCACAGAAUGGUCCCUCUUCACCCUCAACUUGACCUCCGCAGGCCAGGCAUGGGGCGUAGGCCACCUAGACCGUGACACAGACGAGAUCGCCACCUGCUUGCGCUACAUCCAAGAAUACAAGACCGCCAAGUUUGGCGGAGGAGAGGAUGACGCAAGCAGCAGUAGCAGCACCAACAAAAUUGUCCUCAUGGGCCACUCCACAGGCAGCCAGUGCGUCCUGCACUACCUCUACCGGCCCAACCCGCACGCAGGUCCUAUCCCCUCCUUCGACCCAUGGCUCGAGCACGUCCAGCGCCCAGCCAUCGACGGCGCCAUCGCGCAGGCGCCCGUGUCAGACCGAGAGGCAAUCCUGUGGGUGCUCAAACACGGCAUCGGCGACAGGACGCCCGAGACAUGCCAAAAGGCCUACGACGAGAUGGUCGCGAUCGCGCGCGCGGCGGAGAAGAACGGCGAGCUGGACGGGACCCUCCUGCCUCUUGCGCUGACGGACCGCAUCUACCCGCCCAACACGCCCAUCAGCUGCCGGCGCUUCCUGAGCCUCGUGAGCCCAGACAGCCCUGCCGCGCCUGGCGAGGACGACCUGUUCAGCUCGGACCUCUCGGACGAGCUGCUUGCCAAGACGUUUGGCAUGGUGCACCAGGGUGGCCUGCUGAAGGGGAAGUUAGCGAUGCUUCACUCGGGUGCGGACCAGGCUGUGCCGGACUGGGUGGACAAGGAGAAGCUGCUGGGCCGAUGGGGCGCCGCGGCGGAUCACAAUGGAAAGUAUCAGGUCUGGGACAAGGAGCACAGUGGUAUAAUUCCUAAUGCCUCUCAUGCCUUGAGCAAUGAUGAUCAGGCAGAACCCAGGCAGUGGCUGUGUGCCAGAGUACUCAGUUUUCUGAAGACCGUAUAA